AAAAUAAAUUUAUUUUGCCCUCUAAUUUUCCUUUCCAUCUUAUCGUCCCUCAAUCCCAAAAAAAACAUAAGACGGCAUAAGACAGGUUGUUGUGGGCCCAAAUUCAAUGUACAAUUGGUAACAUCUGCGAGAUUAGCUCGGUCUGCAAAAGAGCCCACGCUCUCUGGGAAACAAGGAGAUGGUGAAAAGAGGGAGAUGAUCUGCAGCAGAAGGGAACGAUGAGAGCAAGAAAGAGCUAUUGAAGUUUAUUGCAUGGAACACUAAGACAUAACUUGUCUUUUUCGAGUCAAGAACAAGUAGCCUGACUUCUCUAGGUUUGUUUCUAAUUAUGACCCUGAUGUCAUUUCCAUACAGGUACCUCCCAUUCUCUCACUGUCCCCCAUAUCCUUUGAUUUAUAAGAAUCCAAUUUGUUAUGCUGCUCAACUGGAAGUGGGUAUUUCAUGAUCGACCAUGAACAUAAGAUUUUGUGCUUAAUCGCAACUUCGUGAUGGGUAUUUAAUGUCGAAGCAAGUAAUGCGAUAGGAUGUUAGAUAGUAUCUAUUUCGGUUGUGCGCUUGAAUUUGCGACCUCACUUACCUGUUUGUUCAAUCCCUCCUCCCCCGGGCCUGCAUUUGAAAGAAAAAAGUAAUAUGAUUUUCUGUGAAGCACAAAGAAGGAAUUGAAACCAGGUCGACUGGGGAGUCAAAACACUAACCAGAGCAUGCACUUCCUGUUGCUGCUGCUUAUUUUAUAAUUUUUAGUUUUCCCUUUUUACUUAAUAUCAAGCUCGGAGGAAGGAGUAUAAGUGUGUCAAUUGAACUGCCUUUGAUAUACCGCAAUAUUUUUUUUAACAUGAAUGCAGUUUCUGCAUGUUGGAGACAAAUGGAACACAAGAUUUUGCGUGGUCCACGCUUACAGUUUAGUUGCUUGAGUUUCCUAAAAUUGAGUUGUUCUUAGAUACAAUAAGGAGCAUAGUCUAGUGUUGGCUUAAAGGGGAUUGUAACACAUUCUGACACCUUAACGCCUACUCUUUAAAGGUGAAAUUUUUUAAUAUCUCUUUUUUGUUUCUUGGUUUGAAAGGUUCCACAUGAUUCACACUCAGGUAACUGGGUCUGUAUCCAACAACUGGUUUUUCGUAGUGGUGAACUUUCAUUGCAAAGUGGAAUAAGUGUUCAUUCAUUCAGAUUGAGUCACUACAUGGGGCCGGGGUUGGCUAUGCUUGAGAAAUAAUCAUGAAACAUAAGUUUAUGUCCAAGAUACAGAGGAAUCAUGAUGAAUAAAUAACUUUUUCUUUAACGGAGUCAAGGAACUUUACAUUACAGGAUUUUAUUUUUCUCUGCUCUCUGCUGGGUCAUGGGUCUCCUUUUUUGGUUCAGGUAUGGUUUGUUUGUGAUCUUAAAACUCUUUACCGCACAAUGUUAUUCAUAUUUAUUAGCGUACAUUGUGUCACAUCAAUUCUAGUUGUCAGCUUAGUUAAUGUAGGUAAAUAUGUGAACUUCAUCUAAUAGCACAAUAAUGGUAGGAAGGACUGCUGCUAGCUCAAAGGGUGCGCCAAAAAUCCUAGAAGAGUUGAAAGAUGACAUGAUCUCUUCCUGUGAGGAAAAUAGGAAAUUUUGUUCUUAUUGUUGUGCAUGAGAUAAUUUUUGAAGAUCAUGACCUAUUGUGUGAAUUAAAAAUUCUUAACGCUAUUUUCAGAGAAGUGGUUUCGGAUUAAGGUUUAGUUGUUGUUCUUGUUGUAUAUUUGGAGAAGUGGUAAGUAGGAAAAAGGAAAAUAUUGAUGGAAAAUAAAGAGAAGAAAACAUAUCUCCCUCCAUUGUUUAGAUGGAACAACAGAACAGAAUAAGUCGUGGAAAGCUUUUGACGUUACAAGUUUGACUUUUUCUUUUAAGAUAAACUAUUAUUAAUAGAAGGCAAAUAAAACUCAAAUUAAAAUUCCAUGCAACUAAUUUGUUUAUAACAUAUCAUAAUUUUCAUCAAAUCAUGCAGAUAUUGAUGCGUGCUUCUUCCGGUCCCCAUUUGGAAAUUAUUGCUUUUGGUAGUCCUUUGCAGAAUCAAAGUCUGCAGGGACUGCAUUGUUAUCUGUUAGUGAAGAAGUGUCUUCAACCAAUAAAAAUUUUCAUCGGAGGUGACAAUCACUUUACUAGCUUCAAACAUGAGCCAGAUGGCUGGGUUAUUUUAGCUGAAUUUGAGACACUCUGUUUAUUGAAUACAUAUGCACCAAACCAUGGCUGGAAAGAGGAGGAGAACUCAUUUCAAAGGAGAAGAAAAUGGCACAGAAGGAUGCUAAAGUUUGUUGUGCAAUUAUCAGAUGAGCCUCUUAUAUGGUGUGGUGAUCUUAUGGUAGGUAUCAAGGGAAAGGAUGGAAAUUGAUUAUUCCAUGGUUCUCAAAGAUAGGAUUAUUUCAUGCAAGGUGCAUGGGCAAGGAAUUGAAUUACAAGGUUCUUCUUUUUUCCCUUUUCCCUUGUGCCGUGCUAAUUCUUUAUACUGGGGAAUAGAGGUUAGGGAACCCUUUUAUCUUCCAUUUAAUGAAUUGAGCAAAUGAGGCCUUGAUAUAGUGUCAGAAGACUGAAGGCUAUGGCACUAGGAACCAAGCUGUAUACUUUCGACCUUAAACUCCUCUAUCUGGUAACGAGAAAAGUCCAAAUUAAUGAAUUGAAAACAGAAUAGCACAGCGAGGGGAAUCUUCCAUCUAUUCUCCAUUGUUCUUAAACUUUGUAAUGACUUGUGGUUCAUAUUAUUUUCCUGAUCUUAAAACACUUGAAAGGAUGUAGUUCGUGUUAA